AUGGAUAUUGGAGAAGCGGAAGAUGAAAUCCAGUUUCUGCGAACUCGGGAUGAACUGGUGUUGAGGUGUUGCUCAUCAGGCCCUCAUCAGAAGAAACUGUCUUUAGCUGCAGAAGGUUUCGGCGACCGGUUGUGUUACCUUGAGUCCACCUCCAACUCAAAGAACGUUCCAGCAGACCUUUCUGUGUGCGUGUUUGUUCUUGACCAGUGCCUGUCUGUCCGAGCGCUGCAGGAGAUGCUGGCCAACCAUGAAGACCAGUGUGCAGGGAGUGUUUUGUUUCAGUCCCGUGAGGCAGCUGGGCGUCGUACUCUACUCUAUGGCCAAGCAGUGCUGUUUCGACAUGUUUACAGUGACAUGUAUCUUUGCUGCAUGUCCACAUCAGGCCUCUCCUCUGACAAACUGGCUUUUGAUGUUGGUUUGCAGAAGGAAAAAAAGGGUGAGGUCUGUUGGUGGACGGUUCACCCUGCCUCUAAACAGAGGUCAGAGGGUGAGAAAGUCAGAGUGGGUGAUGACCUCAUCUUAGUUAGUAUUUCCUCUGAGAGAUACUUACAUGUGUCGUGGAGUAGUGGUGAAGGUAAUAACAAUGGCAUUGGCCGGGUGGAUGCUUCCUUCCAGCAAACAUUGUGGAGUGUGGCCCCUGUUUCUUCUGGGACUGUGGAGAUGCAGGGUCAUGUGCGAGGAGGGGACACUGUGCGUCUGCUACAUGGACACACAGAUGAAUGUUUGACCAUUCCUGCAGCGGAUCACAGACGGGAAGAGCGCAGAUCUGUCCAUUUCGAGGGAGGCUCAGUAUCUCUUCAGGCUCGAUCUUUAUGGAGGCUCGAAAUGUUACAUGUUGCGUGGAGCGGUAGCCACACUCACUGGGGUCAGCCGUUCCGUCUUCGGCACCUUACCACCGGAUCAUACCUGGGACUGACUCACGAUCAGGGACUACAGCUGGUGGAAAGAGAGAGAGCCGAUGUCAAAAGUACAGCAUUCUCCUUCCGUGCAUCAAAGAGCCAGGAGAUCUCACACUUUGUUAAGAGGAGAGAUGGCAUGGGCGUACCUGAGAUUAAAUAUGGAGAUUCUCUCGGUUUCAUUCAGCACAUUGACACUGGGCUAUGGCUCACAUAUCAGACCACUGACACUAAGAGACAGAUGGAAAGUGUGCCACAGAGACAGGCUGUUUUGCAAGCAGAAGGACACAUGGAUGAUGGAAUCACCCUUUCUCGCUCUCAACAGGAGGAGUCACGAGCUGCUUGUUUAAUUCGUAGCUCCGCCCUUCUCUUCUCACAAUUCAUUAGGGGACUAGAUGAUGUCAGUCAGAAGGAAAACAUUACUGAUUUGGUUCUUCCAAUUGAGAUGGUCCGUCUGACACUGCAGAAUUUGCUUGGUUAUUUUCAAUGUCCUGAAAUGGGGCUAGAUCACGAGGUCAGACAGGGAGAUAUUCGAGCACUUAAGAACAGACAAAAUCUCUUCCAAGAUGAGGGUAUAAUCCCUCUGGUGCUGGACUGCAUUGACCACCUGCAUGUGUACAAUAGUGCGACUCAUUUUGAAGAGGCUGUUGGGAAAGAGGCAGGAGAGUCAUGGGAAAAGAUUUUGAACUCUUUCUAUGAGCUGCUAGCUGCUCUUAUCAGGGGUAAUCGGAACAACUGUGCCCAGUUUUCUGGAUCCUUGAACUGGCUGGUCAGCAGACUGGAGAGGCUGGAGGCCUCCUCUGGAAUAUUGGAAGUGUUACAUUGUGUUUUAGUAGAAAGUCCUGAAGCUUUGAAUGUUAUUAAGGAAAGUCACAUAAAAUCCAUCAUCUCACUUCUGGACAAACAUGGAAGGAACCAUAAGAUCUUGGACGUGUUGUGCUCACUCUGUGUGUGUCAUGGCAUGGCUGUCCGCUCUAAUCAGAAUUUGAUUUGUGAUACACUGCUGCCAGAAAGAGACCUGUUGCUACAAUCAAGACUGGUUAACCAAGUUUUCAGUGCACGUCCAAACAUCUUCCUGUGUGCAAGAGAUGACUGUGCCCAAUACAGGAAGUGGUAUUAUGAGGUUGUAGUUGAGAAGGUGGAACCUUUUGUGACAGCAGAGCCUACUCACCUGCGAGUGGGUUGGGCCAGCACUGAAGGGUACCAUCCCUCCCCCACAGGGGGUCACGGCUGGGGGUCAAACGGUGUUGGAGACGACCUCUGCUCUUAUGGCUUUGAUGGACUCCAGCUCUGGACAGGAGGUGUUGGUCGGAGGGUUACCUCACCCAAUCAGCACUUGCUAAGGGAGGAUGAUGUCAUUAGUUGCUGUCUUGACCUUAGUGCAACCUGCAUCUCCUUUCGGGUCAAUGGACAGCCAGUUCAAGGCAUGCUGGAGAACUUCAAAGUGGAUGGGUUGCUGUUCCCAGUGGUCAGCUUCUCAACUGGAGUGCAGGUGCGUGUGCUGUUUGGAGGUCAACAGGGGGAGUUUAGGUUUCUUCCUCCUGCUGGUUUCUCUCCGUGCGCUGAAGCUCUCCUCCCCAAAACAUGCUGCAAGCUGGAACUGUGUCAGGAACUCACACAAAAUCACACUGAAAGCCAACGUGACCUCUUAGGGCCUGUAGUACCUAUUAGUCCAGUGACCUUUACCCCCAUUCCAGUGGAUUCCAGCCAGGUUGAAUAUCCUCCACAGCUGGAGCAGAUCAAGGAAAGAUUAGCGGAAAAUCUCCAUGAACUCUGGCUUAUUGACAAAAUAGAGCAGGGGUGGAACUAUGGACCAGUUAAAGAUGAGAGCAAAAAAGUACACUCGUGUCUAGUCGAGUUUUCCAGACUUCCAGAUCAGGAGCGAAUUCAUAACCUUCAGUCAUCUGAGGAGAUCCUCAGGUAUGAGCUAUGGAACGGAUAUAAACCAACCCCUGUGGAUCAGUCCUGUGUUGUGCUAACAGCUUCUCAGGAAGAGCUGGUGGAAAAACUGGCUGAGAAUGAACACAACAUCUGGGCCAGAGAGCGUAUCAGGCAGGGCUGGAGCUUUGGACCACAGCAGGAUGUUAAGUGUAAGAGAAGUACCCAACUAGUGCCAUUUUCCCUGUUGGAUGAAAAGUACAAACAGGCGGGUAGAGAUGCCACGAGGGACACUCUGGGUACCCUUCUUGGGUUUGGAUACACUGUAGAGCCGCUGGAGCAAGAACAUGCCUCAAGUAUCAAUAUUAAAUCUGUGACUGCAGAGAGAUUUCGGAUUUUCCGCCUGGAGCAGCCCUUUGCAGUGCAUUAUGGCAAAUGGUACUUUGAGUUUGAGGCUGUAACUGAUGGACAGAUGAGAGUGGGCUGGGCACGACCUGGAUGUAAACCUGACGUAGAUCUUGGGUCAGAUGAACAGGCCUUCGUGUUUGAUGGUUCUAAGGGGCAGUGGUGGCAUGGUGGGGAAGAGCAAUUGGGUGGCCGCUGGAAGAGGGGGGAUGUAAUUGGCUGUUUGUUGGACCUGACUACAUGCACUAUGAUGGUUACUCUGAAUGGAGAGCUACUGCUAAACAGUCGUGGCUCUGAACUGGCUGUAAAAGACUUUAAUAUGUCUGAUGGUUUCCUGCCUGUUUGUAGUAUAGGGAUAAACCAGGUGGGUCGUCUAAAUUUGGGUCGUCAGGUUGACUCACUGAGAUACUUUAGUGUUUGUGGCCUACAAGAGGGAUACCAGCCCUUCGGUCUGAACAUGACCAAAGAUCUACCUUUGUGGAUGAGUUGGAGAGAGCCCUUGUUCAUUCCUAUACCAGAUGACCAUUCUAACAUACAAGUGAUUCGUGUUGGAACAGUCGACAACACCCCAUGUCUGAAAGUAACACAGAGGUUUUUUGGGAAGAAGGAAAGGGGCACAAGCUCUGUUGGAUUUUACCGUCUGAGCAUGCCAGUCGAGUGUGCACAGGUUUUCUCCGGCCCUGGCGAGGUUACUGUGCCACACAGCAGCGGUGUGGUGUGCCAACUCAAAGACCCAGAGGAAGGAGAAGCAGAUUCUGACUUUGAGUUACUGAUGAAAGCUCACAGAUACGCAGGAUCCAGAGAUGAACUCAAUAAUCACAAGGACCACAGUCAGGAGAAGCCAUCCAGACUCAAACAGCGGUUUAUGUUGAAGAAGAAAACAGAGUUAAACACUAGUCACUCAUCAGCUCGUCUGUUGGAGGAAGUGCUGGCCAUCGAGAAAGAUGAAGACAACCGCCUCGUUCACUGUACUACGUAUUAUUACUCUGUGAGAAUCCCCUACAGUCAGGAGCCCUCUUACGUUUGGGUCGGAUGGGUAACUUCGAAGUUCAACCAUCAUGAUGUGACCUUUGACCUGGACAGCAUUUGCAGUGUCACAGUCACUCUUGGGGAUGAGUGGGGCAAAGUUCAUGAGAGUGUCAAGCGUAGCAGCUGUUACAUGGUGAGUGCAGCAGAGGGCAGUAGUCUGUCCCACAGUCGCAACAGCAGCGGGCUGGAGAUUGGCUGUCUGGCUGACACAGCAACAGGGCUCCUGACAUUCACUGCUAAUGGCAAGGAGCUUGCAACAUACUUCCAGGUGGAACCUGGCACCAAGCUCUUCCCUGCUGUAUUUGCUAAACCCACCAGUCCUGAUGUCUUCCAGUUUGAGCUGGGACGUAUCAAGAAUGUGAUGCCACUAUCAGCGGGAGUUUUUUGGAGCGAAAGAAGAAAUGCAAGACCUCAGUGCCCUCCCAGACUGUGUGUUCAACACUUAACGCCUAUGCGGUGGACCCGAGUACCUGACCACUCACAGCCUGUGGAAAUGACCCGUCUGGAGGAGAGAAAUGGCUGGAGAGCUCGCUGCACUCAGAUCCGACAGAUCAUGACCCUGUAUAUACCUGAGGAUAACAGGUGUGUGGACAUUCUGGAACUGUCCGAACUGCGUGAUCUCCUGAAGUUCCAUGACCACACCCUUCGCCUCUACUCAGCCCUUUCAGCUCAUGGAAACACACAUGUAAGCCACGCCCUCUGCAGCCAUGUGGACCAAUCACAACUCUUGUUCGCCUUGCAGUGCUCUAGAAUGCCAGGUCACCUGCGGAUAAGUUACUACAACCUCCUCAUCAACACCCACCUCGCUGCCCAUGCCAGUGCCAGGCAGGCAAUGAACCAUGAAUACAUUGUGCCCAUAACGGAUGCCACGCAGUCUAUUACGCUUUUCAGAAAUGACAGGAAAGUGCAAAGAUUCCCAGGAAGUGACUUCAGCACUUCCCUGCGUCCGAGAAUGCGCUUCACAUCACCUUGCUUCAUUAGAGCUUAUAAAAUAGAUGUGAUGGAAGGAGGUAACGAUGGGGCUUUGUGGAGUAAUUUGCGCCAAGACAGCCCAGAGUUCCCAUUGGAUGUAUUAAAGGCUGUUGUCAUUGCAAUGCUGAAGGAGGCAGUGACAGCAGUUGGGCAGGGUGUGAGGGAUCCUGCAGGGGGCAGCAUAGAGCUCCUGCUGGUUCCUUUGCUCGGUUUACUUCACACACUCCUGAUGAUGGGUGUGUAUCAGGGGACAGAUCUGGAGGCCGUGUUUAGUCUCAUCCUGCCAGUCAGAUACAUGAGAGGAACAUGUAAAACAGAGAAGAUGGAUGAACUUGAAGAGAGUGAUGGAGAAAGACAGGAAAUAGAGGGUAGAGAUUGGGAGAAUAAUGUCUCUCGGCAAAGUCUUCUUCAGAUGAAGCUUCCAGAAGCUGUCAAAUUACAGGUGUGCCACCUUCUGAAGUACUUGUGUGACUGCCAGGUGCGUCACAGAGUAGAAGCUGUGAUGUCAUUCUCAGGUGACUUUGUUGGUCACCUCCAAGACAACCAGCGCUUCCGGUACAAUGAAGUUAUGGAUGCGCUCAACAUGUCUGCUGCCCUCACUGCGCGCAAAACUAAAGAGUUCCGUUCCCCCCCUCAGGAACAGAUGAACAUGAUGUUGAGCUUCCGCGAGGAGUGUCAGGAUUGUCCGUGCCCAGAGGAGAUCCAAGAUUUGAUGUGGGAAUUCCAUCAGGAUCUAAUGACCCACUGUGGAAUUAAGAUAGACAGUGAUUCAGAGAAUGAGAAUGAGGAUGACGUGUCAAUCAGGAAUCACCUCCAAGGCCUAGUGGAUAAAAUAAUUCAUUUAAAGAGGAGAAUGUCUGGCCUGCCUGAGGAGAUUGUGAACAAACCUGUCUCUCUGCAGCAGCUGAUAUCAGAGACCAUGAUGCACUGGGCCCAAGAGGGGACGAUUGAAGACCCCGAUCUGGUGCGUGCUGUUUUCAGCCUGCUGCUACAACAGUAUGCUGGGCUGGAUGGCCAGAUGUCUGCUCCACUACAGAAGGCUUACUGUAUCAGCCAGGCAUCUGUGGAAGACGCUCUUAACCUACAGUGGGCUCUAGCAUGCAUUCGUUCAUUGCUCACGGCCAGGAUGGACAAAGAAGAAGAGGAACUUAUGAUUAGAGGACUGGGUGACAUCAUGAACAAUAAAGUUUUCUACCAGCAUCCUAAUCUGAUGAGAGCUCUGGGGAUGCAUGAGACCGUCAUGGAAGUUAUGGUGAACGUACUUGGUGCUAGAGAAUCCAAGGAAAUCAUGUUCCCUAAGAUGGUUGCACACUGCUGUCGUUUCCUGUGUUAUUUCUGUCGAAUCAGUCGCCAUAACCAGAAAGCCAUGUUUGAUCAUCUCAGCUACCUGCUGGACAACAGCAAUGUAGGACUUGCGUCUCCUUCAAUGAGAGGAUCGACUCCUCUGGAUGUGGCGGCCGCUUCUGUCAUGGACAACAACGAGCUGGCACUUGCUCUCACAGAGGCGGAUCUGGAGAAAGUUGUGCAGUAUUUGGGAGGUUGUGGUUUGUGUAGUUGUGCUCUGCUAGUCUCCAAAGGAUACCCUGAUAUUGGAUGGAAUCCUGUAGAGGGAGAACGUUACCUGGACUUCCUGCGCUUUGCAGUAUUUUGCAAUGGUGAGAGUGUUGAGGAGAACGCCUAUGUGGUGGUGAGGCUUCUGAUUCGCCGACCUGAGUGUUUUGGUCCCGCUCUUCGAGGGGAGGGGGGAAAUGGUCUUCUAGCAACCAUGGAGGAAGCCAUCAGAAUUUCCCACCAGCAGGAUGGAAUCAGUGCACACAGUUCCAACCGGACACUUAACACGCUUGAUGAUGAUGAAGAAGAUGAUGUCAUCCACAUGGGACACGCCAUAAUGACCUUCUACUCUGCUCUGAUUGAUCUGUUGGGUCGCUGCGCCCCUGAAACACAUCUCAUAGAAGCGGGGAAAGGUGAGGCCAUCCGAUUCAGGGCAAUCUUGAGGUCUCUCGUUCCCAGAGAGGAUCUGGAGGGCAUCAUAAAUAUUCCUUUUAGUUUACCAAUUAUAAACACAGAUGAUGUAGUGAUCGAGCCAGACAUGUCUCGGAUCUUUUGUCCGGAUCACAAAGCAGCCAUGGUGCUGUUUUUGGACCGAGUCUACGGAGUUCAGGACCAGCAGUUCUUGCUACAUUUACUGGAGUAUGGUUUCCUGCCGGACCUGCAAGCGGCUGUUAACAUGGAUAAUACGGGGUUAGGUGGAACAGACAUGGCCCUGGCCCUCAAUCGAUACAUAUGUGUGGCCAUGCUGCCACUGCUGAGUAAGUAUUCCUCUCUCCUGUGUGACUCUUCAUCUCUAUGGACCAGGCUGGUGGAUGGGCUUCUGGAGGGUGUCUACAGCCUCUCUAAAGCCUGCGGACUGACCAAGGCCCAGAGAGAUGCCAUACAGGACUGUCUGCUGGCAGUGUGUGGAAAACUGAAUCCCUCCAUGCUGCAAUUUCUGCUGCGUAAUCUUGUGUAUGACGUCCCUCAACUGUCAGAAAACUCCAAGAUGCCACUUAAGCUGUUGACCAAUCAUUAUGAGCAGAGCAGGAAGUACUACUGUCUGAAUGAUGGAUGGGGUGGCUUUGGCUCCGCCUCAGAGGAAGAACUUCGUCUGACCAGGAGGCUGUUUUGGGGUAUAUUCAGUGCUCUUGCCAAAAAAUGUUACGAUGCAGACCUGUUCAAACUGGCCCUCGGUUGUCUCAGUGCAGUUGCUGGGGCGAUUCCUCCCAACCACCUUGACCCGAGCUGCACCGGCGGACAAGAGAGACAUUUAGCGAUGGAUUCAGAGAGACGUUUUUUUCCUCGACCCCUGGACACCUCAAAUGUGACAAUCCCAGAGAGGCUCGAGUUUGUGGUGAACAAAUACGCUGAACAUACACAUGAGAAAUGGUCAAUGGACAAGUUUGGUAACGGUUGGGUUCAUGGAGAACAGCUUUCUGAGAGUGCUAAAGUUCAUCCACUCCUAAAACCUUACAGAGCUCUAUCUGAGAAGGAUAAAGAAGGUUAUCGAGGGGUCAUCAAAGAGACUGUGAAAUGCAUGCUGUUCUUGGGCUGGACUAUUGAGAGGACCAAUGAGGGGGAGUCACAAGGCUUUCACAACCCAGCUAGGAGGAUCUCGCAGUCUGGCAAGCUGUCUUUUGAAGGAGCCUCCACAUUCAGUCCAAAGCCUGUGGACACGAGCAGUGUGACUCUGACCUGGGAUCAGUAUGCUAUGGCAGAGCGGUUGGCUGAGAAUUAUCAUCACAUCUGGGCAGCCAGGAAACGGCAGGAACUGGAGAGUAAAGGAGGGGGCAGUCACCCUCUGCUUGUACCUUAUGAUGCUCUGAGUGUUAAAGACAAGAACCGAGUCAGAGACAAAGCUCAAGAUGUUCUCAAGUUCUUCCAAAUCAAUGGGUACUCAGUGAGGAGGAACAAAAAGGUGUCAGAUGCUGAUUCCCCAGCGAUUGCAAGCCGCUUCGCUUACGGCCUGCUCCAACAAGCCCUCUGUCUCACUGAGCAAGCCCAGGAGCAGCUACUAGAGCUGGAGGUUGCUCAAGCUCGAGGGCAGAUUAACAGGACUGAGAGAGUUCCUCAUGAACAACAAAUUAAUUUCUUCAUUAAGGUUGUAUUGCCACUGUUAGAUCUAUAUUUCAAAAAUCACUAUCUCUACUUCCUGUCCACUACAAUGUCUUCCCUUAGAGAUGGCUGCCAGUCCACAAAUAAGGAAAAGGAGAUGGUCACCAGUUUAUUCUGUAAACUCGGAGCUCUAGCCAGACGCAGAAUCUCUCUGUUUGGAAAUGAUGCCCUUGCUUUGGUGAGCUGCCUACAAAUUCUGGCACAGUCCCUGGAUGGAAGGAUGGUAAUGAAAGCCACUAGUGAAUCUGUCACAGUGCCGUUGUGGUUGUUCUUUGAAGCCGCGGCAGAGGAUAUUGAGCUAACAGUGGAAUCUGUGACCUGGGAUGAGUAUGGACUGAACCGAGGCCAGAGCAGGGGAGACGGUGAGGUCAUAACGUACACCACCACUGCCCUGAUCCCGGUGCUCACCGCUCUAUUCCAGCAUGAUUCCCAGAGGCAGCACGGAGGGGGACUGAUCGUGGAGGAAGUACACUCCUGUUGUUACAGGAUUCUCAGCAGUCUCUACAUUCUUGGCACCUGCAGUUGUACUAUUAUUGAGAGGCAGAGGUCAGUCUUUGGGGAGUGUCUGGCUGCAUUAUCUGCAGCCUUUCCUGUGUGUUUCUUGGAGCUGAGUGACCUUCAUUCCCUCUCCGACACCAUGAGUAAUGAAGAGAGUGAAGCCGACAGAGCCUAUAGGCUCCUCCCCAAUUUGCAGGAGGCUUUCUCAGAGAUCGAAGAGCUCGCAGGGGCGGGGUCCGCUGCCCGCCGUGCCCUUUUAACAAGGGUUACGGAGGUGACGCUUCCUCUGGUGUGUAGCUAUGUCUCUCGAUGGGGGGAGGCCGGUAACCAGGCAUCCCAGGAGGGCCACUGUUCCUCUGUCACACCCCAGCACGCUAAUGCCCUGCUGGGUCACAUCCUCUCCAUCAUCCACGCCCACCUAGGGACCGCAGACAGUGCUUGGAUGAAACGCCUCGCAGUGUUUGGCCAGCCUAUCAUCAGCAAGGCAGAACCACACCUCUUGAAGAGCCACUUUCUGCCUCUGAUGGACAAGUUAAGGAAGAGGGCGGAGUCUGUGCUGUUGGAGGAGGAGCAUUUGAAGACCGAGGGGCGUGGCGAUGUUUCGGAGCAGGAGUUAGACAUCCAGGAAAGGUUUACCGUGUUGGUCCAAGAUAUCUAUGCUUUUUACCCUUUACUCAUUCCAUUUAUAGACCUUCACAGAAUGAGUUGGCUUAGAGAGGUGGACACAGAUGCUGAAAAGCUUUUCUCCCUCGUAGCUGAAGUCUUCAUUUUUUGGGCUAAAUCUCAUAAUUUCAAAUGGGAAGAACAGAAUUUUGUUGUUCAAAAUGAAAUCAACAAUAUGACAUUCCUGGUGAACAGCAGCAAAAGCAGGAUGGAUAAGGGAGGGGUGUGCAACCAGGAGAGGAGCAAGGUGAAGAGGAAGGGUGAUCAUUACUCCACACAUACCUCUCUCAUUGUGGCCGCCCCAAAAAAACUCCUCUCGGUUGCCUUGAAUGGGUGUUGCCAUGGCGUUCAGGACCUAGUCACCCAUGCCAAAAGCUGUUUCUCUCAGAGAGACACAGAGGAUGAAGUCAGGGCAUUCAUUCGAAGCAACCUGCAACAGGAUCUGUGUGAAAACUUAGCGGAUCCCCUCAGUGUUGAGAGGAUCUUAAGGAUCGCUUGUGUUCUUUUCCACCUGGAUCAGGUGGAGCGCCCUCAGAAGAAAAAGAGGGCAGUGUGGCAUAAGAUGUUGUCUAAGCAGAGGAAACGGGCUGUAGUUGCUUGUUUGAGAAUGGCUCCUUUGUACAAUCUCCCCAGGCACAGAGCAGUGAACCUUUUCCUUCAGGGUUAUGAGAGAGUCUGGCUGAAGGCAGAACAUGAUUCACCUGAGGACAGACUAAUUGAGGAUUUGGCUAAAGCAGCUUAUGUAGAGAUCCUAAAGGAGGGAGCAGAGCAGAGAAACAUCAUUGAUCCACUCCAUCAGCUUAUCAAUCUCUUCAGUCAAAGUGCCUUGACAGAGAGGAGUAAACUUGAGGAUGACGACCUGUACAUGUGCUAUGCUGACAUCAUGUCCAAGAGUUGCCAAAUUGAGGAAGACCAGGAUGAAGAUGGCCUGAAAUCAUUUGAGGAAAAAGAGAUGGAAAAGCAGAGGCUGCUGUAUCAGCAGGCCCGACUUCAUGAACGCGGAGCUGCUGAGAUGGUCUUACAGAACCUCAGCGCCAGCAGAGGUGAUAUGGGGCCUAUGGUAGCUGCCACAUUAAAGCUGGGCAUUGCAAUCCUGAAUGGAGGAAACACGUCUGUCCAGCAGAAAAUGCUGGAUUACCUGCGACAGAAGAGAGAUGUUGGCUUCUUUCACAGUCUGGCCGGCCUAAUGCAGUCUUGCAGCGUGCUGGAUUUGAACGCAUUUGAGAGGCAGAUCAAAGCGGAGGGUUUAGGAGUGGGUGCUGAGGACAAUUCAGGCGAUAGAGUAAUGGCAGAUGAGCAGCUGACCUGUGAUCUUUUCAGAUUCCUGCAGCUUCUUUGUGAAGGCCAUAAUACUGAUUUCCAGAAUUACCUGAGGACUCAAACUGGAAACAAUACAACGGUCAACAUCAUCAUCUCCACUGUGGAUUAUCUGCUUAGGGUCCAGGAGUCCAUCAGCGAUUUCUACUGGUAUUAUUCAGGGAAGGAUGUGAUUGAUGAGCGUGGUCAGCACAACUUCUCCAAAGCCAUCAGCGUGGCCAAGCAGGUGUUCAACACGCUCACUGAAUACAUUCAGGGUCCGUGUACAGGUAAUCAGCAGAGUUUGGCCCACAGUCGUCUGUGGGAUGCUGUUGUUGGCUUCCUCCAUGUGUUCGCCCAUAUGCAGAUGAAGCUUUCUCAGGAUUCCAGCCAAAUAGAGCUGCUGAAGGCUUUGAUGGACUUACAAAAAGACAUGGUGGUAAUGCUGCUUUCCAUGCUUGAAGGAAACGUGGUGAAUGGGACCAUUGGCAAACAGAUGGUAGACAUGUUGGUAGAAUCGUCCAGCAAUGUGGAGAUGAUCCUCAAAUUCUUUGAUAUGUUCCUCAAACUCAAAGAUCUUACAUCAUCUGAAGCCUUUCGCGAAUACGACCCAGAUGGCAGAGGACUCAUUUCCAAGAAGGACUUCCACAGAGCCAUGGAAGGGUUCAAACGUUACUCUAAAUCGGAGACCGAAUUUCUGUUAUCCUGUGCAGAAACGGCGAAAAGUGAUUUGCUGGAUUACCCGGACUUUGUGACACGUUUUCACGAACCAGCCAAGGAGAUCGGCUUCAACAUGGCGGUUCUUCUGACCAAUCUGUCCGAGCACAUGCCCAAUGAUGCCCGCUUGCAGAAUUUUCUGGAGUUGGCAGACAGCGUUCUUAAGUAUUUCCAUCCUCACCUGGGAAGGAUCGAAAUCCUGGGCAGUGGGAAGCGUAUCGAAAGAGUCUACUUUGAGAUUAGUGAGUCCAGCCGCACUCAGUGGGAAAAACCACAGGUUAAGGAGAGCAAAGGGCAGUUCAUCUUCGAUGUUGUGAAUAAGGGAGGAGAAAAGGAAAAGAUGGAGCUGUUUGUCAACUUUUGUGAAGACACCAUCUUUGAAAUGCAGCUUGCUGCACAAAUAUCUGGUUCAGAGAGUGGAGAGGAACUGAAAGCAAAGGAUGACAAUGAGGAGAAAGACAAGGUAGAGACGAAUGAAAACCUUGUGGAAGACUCAAGAUGUUUCUCCAUAAGGAACAUCAGAAAACACAUAAAGAGGAUAACCAUUAGGAAUAUUAUCUCAGCGAUCUUCUCUUUCUUUCAAAACAUUCUGCUGUUUAUCACUCAUGCCUUUUUAGGUCUGGCUUGGUUCUGCCUUUAUCUGCUUUACCACAUCUUCUUGAGCGGAUGGAUUAUUGAUGUGGCUAAAGAGAUGAACCUGGCCGACCUUUUAGGUGACCUUCGGGAUCCUACUAUGGUUGAGGCCAUUGGGGCCAGAGAAGGAGCGGUCAGAGAGAAUAACGUGUGCCAUACACGUGCGUUUUCGUCUCGUGGUAAUCUUAGAGGCAUGAGUCUAGAUCUGUCUGCAGUGUCCAGGGACCCCCAGCUCCUCACAGAUAUUUUCGGCUUGUGUCUGAAGAAGGAGGGAGGAAAUUACACAUUGUCGAGUGGAGACCAACAUUCCAGUCUUGAUGAAUUUCUAAACACCUCCAAAUGUCAGGUUGAAAUCUGUGAGGAUUUUCAUGAAGUGCAAGAGGAGGAGGACUCAGAGACUGAGAAAGCUUUUGAUGAGGAUAAAAAUAAAGGCGAAAAGAAGUCUAAAAGAAGAAUUAGAAAGCUCAGCUCUUCAAAACCAGACAAAAGUGAAAUCCAGGUAUCAGCUGUUUGGAUUAUGAUCUGCUCUCAGAAGACCAAACUGCUGAACUGUUUUGCAAGAAAUUUCUAUAACAUGAGAUUGUUGGCUCUGUUCCUCACUUUUGCCAUCAAUUUUAUUCUUCUGUUCUACAAGGUUUCAUCGACCAUUGGGGAUGAUGAAAAUAUAGAGAUCGCUCUUUGUGACGACAGACCCAAGGGGUCACAGAAAUUUUAUUUAGAACUAGAAGAGAACAGUGGCUACAUGAAAAUGAUUCUUCGCAUCCUGGCUGUCUUGCACACACUCAUCUCAGUCUGCUGUAUCAUCGGCUACUACUGUCUGAAGGUUCCUUUAGUAAUUUUUAAGCGAGAGAAGGAGCUGGCUCGUAAACUGGAGUUUGACGGACUCUACAUCACUGAGCAACCUUCUGAAGAUGACAUUAAAGGCCAGUGGGACAGAAUGGUCAUCAAUACACCAUCAUACCCAAGCAAUUAUUGGGAUAAAUUUGUGAAAAGGAAGGUGAUGGCGAAAUAUGGAGAGCUGUAUGGAUCAGCACGCGUCAGUGAGCUUCUAGGUUUGGAUAAAGCUGCUCUGGACUUCAGCUCAGAGGCUCAUGAGAGGAAGAGACCCAUACAAAAGCGUCCCAUCACUGCCCUUUUCAGAUUAAACACCGUUGAUUUGAAAUACCAGAUUUGGAAGCUGGGAGUGGUUUUCACUGACAAUUCCUUCCUUUACCUGGCCUGGUAUAUGUUUGUGUCAGUUCUGGGUCAUUAUAACAAUUUUUUCUUCGCUGCGCACCUGCUAGACAUCGCCAUGGGCUUCAAAACACUGCGCACCAUACUAUCAUCUGUUACACAUAAUGGCAAACAGCUGGUUUUGACAGUGGGACUGUUGGCCGUGGUCGUGUAUCUCUACACCGUGGUUGCCUUUAACUUCUUCCGCAAGUUUUACAACAAGAGCGAGGACGGUGAACCAGUGGACAUGAAAUGUGAUGAUAUGCUCACAUGUUACAUGUUCCACAUGUACGUUGGCGUGCGAGCCGGAGGAGGGAUUGGAGAUGAAAUCGAAGACCCGGCCGGUGACGAGUUUGAGUUCUAUCGUGUAAUCUUCGACAUCACCUUCUUCUUCUUCGUCAUCGUCAUCCUCCUUGCCAUCAUUCAGGGUCUUAUCAUUGAUGCAUUUGGCGAGUUGAGAGACCAGCAGGAGCAGGUUAAAGAGGACAUGGAGACCAAGUGUUUUAUCUGUGGCAUUGGGAGCGAGUACUUUGACACGAUGCCCCAUGGCUUCGAGUCGCACACGCUGCAAGAACACAACCUGGCCAACUAUCUGUUCUUUCUGAUGUACCUCAUAAAUAAGGAUGUUACAGAACAUACUGGACAGGAAUCAUACGUGUGGAAGAUGUUCCAGGAACGCUGCUGGGAGUUCUUUCCUGUUGGAGACUGUUUCCGGAAACAGUAUGAGGUUCAACUCGGCUGAAGAAUUCCGGUUCAAUUUCUAUAGUUCAGUUGGUGAAUACACUUUUGAAGUACUGUAUGUCUGGGAAGUUCUUCUGAUAAUAAGAAACUUGUAUACAUUUACUCUUCUGUUUUGCAUGCUUGUUUGAUUCUCACUAUAUAUUCUUUACUACAUAUUUAUUUUUUCAGUUCACAUUUAUUUGUAUAGCGGUUAUCACAAUACAAAUCGUUUCAAAGCAGCUUUGCA